AUGGAGGAAAUAGCUAAAAGUGUUUUUGGGUACAGAGGAAAAGAAACUAUGGUGCGCGCAUAUAGCAAAGAGCUGCAGGGCGUUCUGUGCUACAUCGUUAUAAUGGCCAAAAAAAGCCACGAUCUUGCCAUUCGUGUUUCCAUAACGCCAACACCCAUGCAAAUACUGGAGCACUCUGAUGCCAGCCAGCAUGCGAUAAACCACGACCAGUGUCUAGGCACGUAUGCAAUUAAAGACGUAGUGAUGAAUGCGGAUUUUCUGCAGUUUGAUUUUGAUGGAGUUUCCGUGGAGUUUCUGAAUCCCAUCGAUUUUAACAGCUGGAGGGAGCACAUAGAGUGGCUCCUUCACCCCAUAAAUGUUGCAGUGGAUCCAGCACAGACUUUCAAGCUCGUAUCAAAAGAACAGCACAGCUACAGCAAUCUUUUUGUGUUUAGAAAGUAUUUUACAAUCAAUGACUGGAAAAAGACGGUGCAGAUCAACAACAGACUUCCAUAUAAGGCAAUGAUGGGCCAUUACACUUUGGGAAAAGUGCGCAUUCCGCAGAGAAACUUUCAGACACACUGUUUUGGCAGAGAAGAGAUUAACAAGCAAUACUAUCUCCAGAACAACUGGCAGAGUGCAAAUAUACACCAGUACGUGGCAGAAAUAGACCCCAUAAAUGCAAAUUCUUCCUUUCAUGUCUACCACUUUGGGAAAUACUACAAUCUCGCAGUUAAAAACCUCGAGAGCAGCCAAACAGUCUGUGCUGACUGGGAUACCAACACCUACUGCUGCUGCGAGUAUCUGUACUACUCGGGUGGGAUGUUUGUAACACACGUUCCCUUUUCUCACUCGAUCGAGUCAUUUGAGAGAGAUAGACAGUAUAUGUUGGCCAGCAUAUACCCCUCCAACUGUUCUAUCCUUAAUAAGUACUGCCAGGGAUAUUUGCAGAGCUUUUCCAGCACAUUGGAGCGAAUGAACAACUAUUUAAAUUUUGUUGCAAGAGCCUCUGAGAUUCUCAAUAAAGCUCUGCCAAAUAAACACGAGAGAAAACAGCUGAAUGACAAAUGCUCUUUUGAAGAGGUUUUGAAGUACUCCAUGAGUAUGUUUGAGGUGUCAAUCAAGAAAAGUGUGCAAAGUAUGUACAGACUCAAAAAGCAGCCAUCAGAUGAGGAUGUUCUCUGCGACUCGAAUCAGCUCAGAGAACUAGGCAUACUGAAUAAAGAUUUUCAUAAACUGUCUGUAAAUGAGAUGGACACUGAGAGCAGAUGGUACUCCACAGAGAACAUCCACACAUACAUACUGGUCACUGACGAUUUAUAUGAAGUGCAGUUCCUCCCUCAGACUGCUGUUAACCUGCCUAUGCUCACAUAUCUAUCCGUUUCUUCUGUGCUGAAGAAUGCUGACCAUCACUCUUUCGAGCCAGUCAAUUCGUGUUUAGACUACAUAAAUAUUUCCAGUAUAGCCAGAGAGGCCUGCAAAGAUAUCAAACUAGAUGUGCCUCUGGUGAAUAACCACGUGGACAUGAACUUGCGAUCGUAUAUCAGUCCAAUUCUGGAUGAGUUGAACAAUAUGGUCUUUAAAUCCAGAAUAAACUACACGCUAAGUGGAACAGAUGUGUAUUUGUACACGAUAUCGCUAAUUACUGUAAAAGGAUACUCUAUUGAUUAUGUUAUGUCAACAAUCAUGCAAAGAUUUCACAGGCACAAUUUUACUCUUCUGCCAACAAAAAUUGCAAUAGACACUGUGCUGGACCUCCAUCCAUACAUGAAAUAUAUAUUUGGUCGGUACCCUGGAUAUCUUCUAACGGGUCUCAGACUGUACCCUACAUAUUCCAUCCAACAGCUAGAAUCUAUCGUAGCAGACUUUACCUCGGAAAGUGAGGAGUACAACCAAACAUUAAUCUCUUCUUUUUCAGAGCUGUGCAGCAUGCGGAUCUCUCCCAGGUACAACCUAAAAAAGUUUGAGAAAAUAAUUAAGUACCAGAAAGUUUUCUAUUAUUACAGAGCUUGGUUUUUGCUUGCGUACGUAUUCAUGUUCGAAAUAAAAACAAGAAGAAAAAACUUUUCUUGUCUGCACAUCACCACGUAUUUAUUUGUGAUGAAUUUGCUUAUAAAGUACCACGAAAACCCACGGGUUACAGAUGCCGUAUAUGUAUUUAUUUCAGGGUUUAACUCCACUCUAGCCUCCGAUGUAUACAAGUAUCUCGAUAGCCCUGAAAACAACUCUGCCUUGAACGAGAGCAUAAGAGACGCCAUUGAUGAAACACUUUCUCUUCACAAGGCAUUUGCUGAAAAGUGGGGAAGUGAUGAGCCCCAUAUAGAAAGAAUAAGCUACACUGUAUACUCUGCCAUUGCCCUGGCGGUCUUUGUCACUAAGGCAAAAGACUCUGCGUGCAUACAUCGAGCUAUAAAAGUGUACGGAAGAGCUCUGCGCAACAUACUGAAUUUUUACAUGCUCUUCUACAUAAAAAAGUCUGAGCUCUUCGUAGAAUAUGCGCAGAUUCUUCAGCCGCUUAUGCUCCAUCUGCAAGUCAUAAAUAGACAGACUGCCAUAAGGCUCCUGUCUGUUCUGUCGAAAUACUCCACUGAUGAAAUAAUAUGGGCUUUUUAUAAGCUCCCCCUCUUCUCCAACACGAUUUUUAACGUUUUCAUUACAGAUGUAGUGAUAAAUACCGGUGACCAAGACUCUGCGAUAGACCAUCAUGGCAGCCCAGAAUGCAAUAAGAAGGAUAGUACUGAUCUCACAGAGAUUCUAAAUGCAUGGUUUGAAUCUGGAGGAGAUGAUCUGCCUAGCAUAAAGAAAGACCCACAACUCCUACACUCCAUUCUUUCUUUUUACUACCCAAAGAAAUUUAAAACCUCUCAAGAUAAUGUAUAG